AUGGCACAACCGCCUCUCCAGGCCUCUGGACCGCCCAAGGAGGGCCGCCAGCAGCCACAUCCGCCAAGCGAGCCUCUUGCAGACCAGGGGCCGGAAGAUAAUACUGCUCCUGCUGCCACCACCACCGGCUCUGAAGCUGCUGGUCCCGCUGCCGUUACCACCAAUGCCAAUGCUGCUCCUGCUGCCACUCCUGUUCUUCCUGUUACCCUGAACGGGAGUGCUGAGGGCGCUGCUGCUGCUGCCGCUGCUGGUGGUCCUGGUACUCCUGCUGUCGUGGAUGCGGGCGCAGCUCAAAACCCCGUGGCUCCUACUCCUACCUCUUCCCUGCUGCCACCUCCAUCUACAGACGACGCGGCUGUCUCUACGAAUGGUGUCGAACACAACCACACUCGGCAUCCCACAGACGCCUCUGCAUCCUACUCGGUGCCCGUCCUUCGAGAAGGCAGCACCGACGCUGCUCCCUCUUCCACCCUCGACCCGACCCUCUACCAACAACAGCAGCAGCAAUCACCUGCUACCGAGGCCGCCACCAACGGAUACGACCAAAAUCACGCGGCCGUCACAAACGGGGGACUUCUGUCCUCUGCGUCCUCGCCCUCCAUGUCCAACCCUCACCAACCCCACGGCCUGCCUCGCCAGAACUCGGGCUACUCAAAUCCGACCUCAUACUCCCCUCCCAUCAUGAACCCGGCACAGUUUGGUUAUGGACCACCUCAACCGGGUCAGCCAGGCGGAGACCUGUACAGAACCUCUCCUGCCCCUGGGGUAAAUCCUGCUAUGUCUCUUCCUAGCAUGCGCAGCAUCGAUCCCCUCCAGCAACAGCAGGCUCAACAGGGGAUACCAGUUCCCAUUCCCCCGACGAUAGGUUCGACUGGCGGACCGAUGGGCUACUACCCGAUGCCUGGCUACGGCAUGCACCACGACAUGCGAUUCGCCAUGCCGCCUCCGUUCGGACACGAUCCCCGCGUUACUCUCAGUGGAGGCCGUCAUAAAAAGUGUGACGAGACGCAUCCGACCUGCAACAAUUGCAAGAAGUCCAAGCGAGACUGCGCCGGCUACGAUCCCAUUUUCAAGCAACAGCAAGGGCCCCUCCCCACCAUCCAGCCCGCUCUCGGCAGCACUCAACAACAGCCUCCGGCUCCGACGACACUUGCAGCUGCGCCGACAGUCCCUUCCUCAGCUCCUCCUCCAAAUCCUUACGCACAUCACCAGGCGCCCGUGCUGGCGAGCUCAUACCACACGUCCUCAACACCCCAGGGCCAGCUCUCCUACGACCCCGCCCUCUCCUCUGCCCCGCCUACCGCAAAGCAAGAAGGCUUCGAAUACCCUCCCGCGAUCGACCCGGCGCUUGAGGGCACGGCUAGGCUGCCACUGCACGAUCCCUUGAGACCACUAGAUUACGGCCAACCUAAAGGUGGCGCACCCUCUACCGUCCUCCAAUCUCAAGAGUCACCAUUGACUUACUCAAGUGCUCCAGCAAAGGAUAUGAAGGUCGAUGAGCUUAUCGCCCUGGGAGGGCCGGCACCCCCACCGCCGGCCGCCCCGCCCACUCGGGAGAAGCUGGACGAAAUCACCAAUAUCUACUACGACAUCUAUAUGACGGGCCUCAAGGAGUUCUUCGAGACGACCUGGUUCAACUUCACUCCCCAGGGCCCAAACCCCAUCAGCAUACUGCAUAAUAACAAAACUCUAAUGGACCUCCUCACUUCUUUCCUCGACUCGCUCGCCAGCAUCAAGUCCAACGACCCAUCAGAGAUGGUCAUGACGGGCCAUCUCGAGACCCGCAUUGUCUGGGCCCUCGCUACCCUUGUCUAUACCAUCCCCGCCGCCAUCAAUCCGCCCAAGGAUGAGCCCCUGCCCACCAACGACGCGACCGAGACACGGAAUCGCGUUGCUGUCUUCGAGACACUCCUGUCGGGCGGUCUCCUCGUGCGCAACCCCUGCAUGCCACCACCCAAGACGGGCGAUCCGCUGCGCAUUCGCGAGUACGAGUUCUGGCAUUGGCUUGGCGAGUACUUGCGCCUACAGGACACUCCGCAGAGCAACCUCGCACCUCAGCGCGAGCAGGCACUUGCCCGCCUGCGGAACCUGCUGGACGGCAGGGAGAACCGCGAUAUCCUUUACUCGAUGGUCAUCCUGAGAGAGCUCUCGCCCCAGUUCCCGCCAGGCUACGAGGCGACGCUGCCCAAGCACCUGGACGAGACGGACCCGCGCAGCAAACUCGCCGUCGCGGCCCAGUUUAUCCGCACCGAGGCUUUGGUCAGCGGCGGCACGACCAAUGUCGUGCGACGGUUUGCCGAGCUGGCGGCCAAGGCGUUCAUCUCGCCUGGCGCCAAUGCCCGACGGGCUUGA